AUGGUUGUUUUGGACAAACCCACUUACGAACGUUUGUUUAAGGAAGUACCUACCUACAAGCUCAUCAGUCAAUCUGUUUUAGUUGAUCGUCUCAAGUUAAAUGGUUCUCUUGCUCGUGUCGCUCUCAAGGAACUCACUGCUCAAGGACUUAUCAAGCCUCUUACCAUUCACCAUGCUCAAGUUAUCUACACUCGUGUUACUGGUGAUGAAGACAAGAAGAAGGUUGCUGAUGAAGAAUAA